CUCUCGCUCCCGCCACGGUGAGUCUACGGCGCGCGUUACCGCUCGAAGCUUGAAUGUCGAAUACUUGCUAGUGUAUGUCGAUGGAUGAGAAAGCACUAGUAGGAGCCCGAACGCUGGAUCAUGAACGCGUGACGGUUCAUCAUGAUGCGAGUAUCGAAACCGAUGGCCGCAGUAAUGCGUGGAGAUUCAUCACACAUGAUGUCUUUCUUCUCAUCCAAGGAUAUCCAUUGCCUAAACGACGACACCCUCUCCGAGAUUGUGGCCUUUCUUUCUACUCAGGAUUGCCUUCGGCUAUCAGCGACGUCCAAGCGGCUUCACUCGGUCUCCAGGGAACGUGCACUGAAGUACAUAACAAUCACGAAUGCAACGCAGCUCCAAUCCCUAUGUCAGCUACUUCUCGACAGUGAAGAUCUACGAAGGCGAAUCUCUGUUUUGCGGACUCUCGAGCUGAGUGCCGAGAUCCCAACGCUUACUCUCUCAUCCGCGGCUCUCCUGGCGGAGUUUAUCAACCAUACGGACAAUUGCCGAGUCCUAGGCCUCAUCAACGUUGAAACCCUUAUCGAGUCAGACAUGGAUCUCGGAUUCUCGCUCGUGGGCUUGACUGUUCUCGAUGAAGUGAGAUUCAGUGACGUCGGCCAGAUGGUCCUCCUUGUUUUACAAGUUAUAAGAAGUCGCCCAAGAGUUCUCUCACUUGCGAAAGUCUCGGGAGUGGGAUAUGAUAUGCUCUUUUCAACCCUUGCCACACCCAACUUCACUAACCUCCGGACGCUUAUACUGGACGAUCCGCCGACUUUCAAAAGUCUCUUGGAUUCCCCGAUUCCUAAGAUUCCGUCUGUUUGUUGUCUCCGACUCUCGAACUCGUCCAUCCCGCAGUACUACAUCGUCCUCGCGCUGCCCAAUAUUCGCGAACUGUAUCUCACCGACGUUAAGGAUUCAGAUAAAGAAAGGCAACUCCUUCCGCGUGGCAUUUCUGUGGCCCAUUGGCCUUCGCUUGACUACCUCAACAUACGGAACAAGGUCGAGUUUCCACUCAACUGCCCGGUCCACCGGCUGAACGUACAUGAGCUAUUCACGGGCUAUGCGGGAAGCCUUCCCGUUGAUGAGCCAAUACUGAUAGCGGCACAGCAGGGUUCACCGGUCGUGGUGUCUCUGGGUGCAUGUGCGAGCAAGCUUACUGACGUAUGGCCGCGACUUCUCAACUUCACUCCAAGGCUACGUAGUCUCGAGUUUCAGCUCUAUCUGGAAACAUGGGAUGAUGACUCCUACUGCCCGGAUUGGGACGCAUUUUUGGGACGGCAUCUUCCCGAGAUCGCAAAAUCCAAGAUCGUGCAUAUUCACAUUCGCUUGUAUCCUUUCAAUGAGCUUCAGGAUAUGAGCCAUUGGUACAGGAGGAGCUUGAGGGAAGUAUGGCUCCUCAGAUGUCUGCUGGGUUUCGUGCGUGAGAUGCCCUCGCUUCGAUACUUUUCGUUCGGCGGAUACGCCUCGCCUCAUCCGGAAGACGACGAGGACGCCGGGGGACAGGAGUGCUAUCAAGGCCAAUGCCUGUGGUGGCGCAUUGCCAAGGAAGAUGGACGCCGGAGAGCAGUGCGUAUGGAUCCAUUUGUCGGCGACCAGGUUCGCAAGAAGAUUCAUUCUUCGGAUUAUGAUUGGAAGAACCAUUUUGAUGAUUCUGAAUUCUUCAAGGCAGCUCAACGACCGGGAAGGACAAGUAGAUUGCUACGCCAAAGCGACUCGAUAUGACGAUCAUUCAUAACUUUCUGGUCCUUGAUAUCUCAAUUAAAACUCAUGGCCUCUAAUUUUUAGACCAUAUCAUUAACACCAUCUUUCAGCUCCUUCCCACUUCUUUUCUCCUCGCCUGACAUUUUGUAUGUACU